GAAACAAGUAGGCACCGAAAAAAACCAUUCUCGUGGCAGCCCCAGUGGCCUAAUGGAUAAGGCAUUGGCCUCCUAAGCCAGGGAUUGUGGGUUCGAGUCCCAUCUGGGGUGGUCUUUUUUUCCUCCUUUCCCGCUAGAUGUGGCACUGCUCUCUCAUGCGCGGCCGCGGCGGGGCAUCUCGACGCUGAGGAGAUGGUAGGCAAAAGCGGCUCUAACAACGACCCGAAUGGGGCUUUCACGACCCUACUGCCAGGCAGACGAGGCGCAUGCCCACCUUCUGACGCUGAGCCACGGUCAUUACGCAGCGCUCACACCACGUGCUUCGACGUCCAACCCCCUCACUGAUAUCCUGACGCAGCGGGUGGGCGGUGGCUGCUCGGUUCCUGCGCCCCUCAACCCUCUGAGCGCGCGUGUGCCGCUAACGCCCCCCGCGCGUCGCUCUACCCCCACCCAGCGGCCGAGGCGGCACUCGACCUUCGGCAUUUGACCUCUGCUGAUGGGAGGAAGCCUGCGCAAGUCGCCCGCUCUCUGAUUGGCCGCUGCGCCGCGUCGCAGGCGGCCGAUUGGCGGAGGAAGAGGAGCGGGAAGAUGGCGGCGCUGGGCUCUCCGCUGCAGACGUUGCGCGGGCUGCUCCGCGAGUUGCGGCACGUCAGCGGGCGCGGCUACCGCGAUACGGCCGCCUACCGGCACGUUCUCGCCGCCUUCCGCGCUCACCGGGUGACUAGUGAGAAGCUGUGCCGGGCCCAGCAGGAGCUGCACUUCCAGGCCGCCACCUACCUGUGCCUGCUGCGCAGCGUGCGGCAGCACCAGGCCCUGCAUCGCGAGUACCACGGCCGCGGGGAGCGCUCCCCCGAGGAGGUGGCGGGGCUGGUGGGCUUCAGGCUGCCCCGGCAGCCGGGGGGGAAGGGCUGAGGCCGCCCCGUGCCGCCCGCUGCUCGGCGCCGAAUAAACGUCCUCGGCUCUGGAGCUGCCUUCUA